CAAACACAUCCAAACUACAUGUGUAUCAUAAUAAUUAAGUCUGUACAUAUUGAUUGUGUGUGUGUGAGCGCGAGCGCGCGCACGGCGGGACAGCGCGUCCCAUUCAAACAGGUGUGAGGAGCGGACAGGACCAGGUGGCGCGUGGUGCUCGGAUGUGGAUCCGCAUCGUGAAGGACCGAGUCGGAUGAGAGGAGGAAGGUCGAGAGGAACCGAGAGCGACGCUUGUUCCCACAUGUCGGUUCUUUGUUGUGGAACGAGGACCGAGUCUCGGUGAAGAGGCUUUUACGCACAGGUGGGAUCUGCCCGCUCGGCGUAGGACAGCCCCCCUCGCCCCCCUCGCCCCCCUCGCUGCUCCUCAGCGGAGGAUGUGAGGAAGUGACAUUUUUCACCGCUGCGGUUCGGGACAGCACUGCUCUGCAAACAGGUGUGCUGCUGUCCGGGUCACUUCAGCGGGGAAACCACGGGGAGGAAGCGUCCCACACCCCGAACCGAGCCCCCAGGACGCGGGACAGAGGUGGAAACAUCGACCCGUUCAAGUGUGUUCUUUAUUAGCCAGGGCUCAGACAGAGAGGGAGCGAGGGAGCGAUGGCAACGAGGAAGGCGUGCGUGGAUGCGCCCAAAAGGAGCCGGAGUCCGGUCGUGCUGGAGGCGGAGAUGUUCGGUGAAUUUCAGGACUGGUGUCUCCGCACUUAUGGAGACUCCGGUAAAACGAAGACCGUCACCCGGAGAAAAUAUAACAAGAUCAUGCAGACACUGUUGCAGAACGACGAGUCGGACGGCGUGUACGUCGACAGCAGCCACAUCAACGCCAAAUUCAAAUUCUGGGUGAAGUCCAAAGGGUUUCAGGUCGGAACCAACGUGUUGGGAGAACACAACAAGAAGGGAGCUCCCGGGAAACCCGUCCUAUACGUGCCGGUCAAGUCAACGUGUUCGGACGGGAAUUCUGCCCAAGACAACUCGUCCCUGAAGCGCGUCGCCGUGGUCGAAGACUUCUUCGACAUCAUCUAUGCCAUGCAUGUGGAGAUGGGCGCUGACCCGGGCAGAGCGCCCAAACACGCGGGCCAAAAGAAAACCUACAAAGCGAUCGCAGAGACCUACGCCUUCCUGCCCAGAGAGGCGGUGACUCGCUUCCUGAUGAGCUGUGGCGAGUGUCAGAAGAGGAUGCACAUCAACCCGAGCACCGCAGAGUUCAAAGAGAACGACCGACCCACCUCACUGGUCCCGGACCUCAUCGACUACAACAUGCCCCUUACUGCCACCUACCUGAAACAGAUGAAACUGCAGUGCAUGACGGCCACCGAGCGGGACGACAGUUCUGUGAGCAGCGAGGAGAUGAACGGCCCCGAGCCCACGUGGGUCUCAGCCGCGCCCCUGGUGCCUGAGCCCGGUUCACCCAACGCAGAGCGGGUCAGCAGCACAACGGCCACCGUCAAAGAGGAGGAGGAUGACGACACCUCGGAGAGCGGCAGUGCCAACGGGCUGCCGGCCCUGACCUCCCCGGAGGUGCUGGCUGUUGGUGGGAACCCCCCAGAUGGUGGGGCCCCUUACGGGGAGGUGACGGAGAACGGUCUGAGCGCUCCCCUGGACUUCAGCACCACCUCGUCCUCGUCCUCCUCAGAGGAUCAGCAGCCGGUCAAUCUGAGCGACAGACUGCUGCCGGUGGGGAGCUCGCCGACGACCCCUCAGCCCGCAGAGCCCAACAGGAAGUUCCCCGUCAAGACCGAGUACAACAACAAGUCUCCUCCCUACAGCUCGGGGAGUUAUGACUCUGUGAAGACCGAGCUGAGCAUGAGCGCCGAGGACUUGACCUCCGGUCGGACGCAGAUGAUCGACGACGACGACGACGAUCACGACGACCACGAUGACAGUGACAAGAUCAACGACGCGGAGGGGAUGGACCCCGAGAGACUCAAAGCCUUCAAUAUGUUUGUGCGUCUGUUCGUGGAUGAGAAUCUGGACCGCAUGGUGCCCAUCUCCAAACAGCCCAAGGAGAAGAUCCAGGCCAUCAUCGAAUCCUGUAGCCGGCAGUUCCCAGAGUUCCAGGAACGCUCCCGCAAGCGCAUCCGCACCUACCUCAAGUCCUGUCGCCGGAUGAAGAAAGGCGGUUUUGAGAUCCGACCGACCCCUCCUCACCUCACCUCUGCCAUGGCUGAGAACAUCCUCGCCUCCGCCUGCGAGAGCGAGACCAGAAACGCUGCCAAGAGGAUGCGGCUCGACGUCUACCCAGCGACGGACGAGUCGGCAUCUGUGGACAAGUCGAGCUCGAGGGACGCAGCCCCCGCCGCCCCGACGGCGUUCUCCAUUUCCAGCGCAGCCUUUGCGCAGGACCAGCUCUACACCAACGGAGGCCUCAGCUACAACCUGCGAGGAUACGGCUCGGUCGGCAGCAACCAGCAGAACUCUGGAGCUGCUCAGACCAACGGUCCCACAGAUCUGAGUAUGAAGUCCGUCGGCCCAAACUCCUCCUCCAGCUCCAACAGUCACGGUCAGGGCGGCGGGGGGGGCGGAGCUUCGGCCCAGCUCAGCCCCCCGGAGGUCACGGCGGUGAGGCAGCUCAUCGCAGGGUACCGGGAGUCCGCGGCCUUCCUCCUCCGCUCGGCAGACGAGCUGGAGAACCUGAUCCUGCAGCAGAACUGAGUAUGUGCCAAACCGUGCCAAGCCCCGCCCCUCGCCUGUCAGUCACAUGUUUCAUGUACAAAGACACAGAUGUACACGCGUGACGCUGCGGCGCAGCGUAGGUUCGGCACCUCACUCUCAAACCCACACGUUUCUGUAUUUGGACGGGCCCGAACAUAUCACAGGCUGACAAAAGUUUAUUUAUGCAUUUGGUUCACUUUGACCUUAGUGCCCUCAUAUAGUGCUCAUGUAGCCUCAUCCCAUCCCGUUCCUUUCACCACCUCGACCUCCAUUCGUCUCAGGAAGCGAUGAAAAGAAAAAAAGAACCGGUACGUAGGAAAGUACCCGAGCCGUUGGACUCACUGUGACCACGACGCCACGUCGCUGGUCUGUGUCGAUGUUUGACAGAUGAAUAUUUAGUUCUCGUGAUUCAGUGUCAGUACGUCGUCUCUAUUUUUACACACAUGUGAAAUAUGCUGUGCAGUGGCAUGAUUUGAUCUGAGUCCAGUCUUUUCUCAAUGGAAACUUUGUGUCAUGGAACAUUUGGAGCGUUGCUCGGUUGAAGUCCGCAGAUGAAUCCACGGAGCUUCUCACCUCAGCAGCUUCUGUUCGACGAGCAGAAGAAGAAAGAAAAUGAACAGACGACAUUUUCACCGUCAAGUUCUGACCAACAAACCUGUCGCGAGGUCAAAUCUGUACCUCGGUCCUGCUCCGUGGUUUAGAGACAACCAACACGACGUCGGAGGCUCAGAAGACGCCUCGGUAUGCAGACGGAGGUCACGGACGGAGGUCACGGACGGAGGUCACGGACGGAGGUCACGGACGCAAGGAGACGACCAGAGCUUCUGGAGAAGUGGACAAAGGUGCAAUAUUGAAAAUGACCAGUAAAGGUGUGUUUACUGAGUCCAGAGGGUCGGAGUCCGUCACCACGACCUCUGGAAGUGAUGUCACUGCAGCACUGUAGCCGCUGAGCACCGAUCUUUAUCGAUGACCUCACAACGGAGGAACAAGAUUACCGUGGGUCCGUCAACUCUAAACCUCCGUAACGAAGACGAGGAAAUGAAACUUAAUGUUGCACGUGUUUUUGAUUUGGGGUCAAUUUGUUCUGUGAGUGAAAACAGUGUGUGUGUGUCCUCCGUCCGUCAGUGCGUCUGUUUCGUCACCUCUGACCUCUGACCUCUGACCAUUCAUCAUCUCCACUGUGUCUGAAAAAACUGUUUCAAAAAAAAGAAGCAAGAGACAAUCUUUAAAGAAGACGUGAUCGCAUCACAGUUUACUCUCCCAGCGUUCUGCUGUGUGUGUGUGUGUGUGUGUGUGUGAGUGUGUGUGUGUGUGUGUGUGUGUGUGUGUGUGUGUGUGUGUGUGUGUAGAUUUUCAGUUUGUGUACAAGUGGAGUGACACAGUUUUUACAACAUCAAUCUCUGACAACUGAAACAUUCCAAACAGGCGACGACUCGUCGAUCAGCCGAACGCGGCUCGAGAGAUAUUUCAGUUUUCACCACGAAUCAAUCAUAUCUCUCACGUUUCUUUAAGCAGCAUUCAUAAUUCUCUCAGCGCCGUCAGGCAGGUCUGACAGCACACGUUUUAUUAUUCACAUUCUCUAAACUGUGAAGUUGUGAAGCACUUUAAUGCUCAGGAUGAAAGAGAAACACAAAGUGAUGAUGUGAGUUUAUAAAAUCAGCUUCAGAUCAGACACGUACAGAAGUGAUGAUGACGAAGGAGAAUCUGACUCGACUGCAGAGAAACAUCUGAUCGUGUGUUUGGUUCGUGUGAGCGACGGGAUUCACCUGCUUCAUGACGCUGGUUCCACUUCAUGAGGUGAAACACAAACAUGUGAUGUGACUCACAGUGAAGAACCAGAGAGAGACGCUGUGUUCCAGUCCUGGUCCUGGUCCUGGUCCUGGUCCUGGUCCUGGUCCUGGUCCUGAAGUGAACCUCCCUCAUGAAGCAGAACUUCCUGGUUUUCCAAGUCAAAUCUCCUCACACGUCACGUCUUCCUCGUCUCCUCCGACCUGCUCGUCUGUUACCGUAGCGACAGCAGAUCCUCAUCACUAACAUCUCGUCUGUUACCGUAGCAACAGCAGAUGCUCGUCCCGUGUUCACAGAUCUGUCUUCUGUCCUGAGUCUCUGCUGAGCGACACUUGGUGUUUGGUGGAGUUACUGUGAUCAACACGUCCUCGUGGUCACGUCGCCGUCGUUGUUGUUUUCUUUCUGUUUCUCUUCUGAUAAAUGGCCCAUGGACUUUCUCUUUGUAUUGACUGGACAGUGUAAUCUCUUGGUAGCUUGUGGAUCCGUGGUCAGAUAAAUGUUCUGUACAAAGAGUGAUGACAGAUGUUUUACCUUCUUUUCUCUGUGGGUGCAGCAGUUCAAGUAUCAAAGUGGUUUUAGCCUGUUUGAACUUUUGAUUUGGUCGUGGUCUGUAUUUCUUCUCUUGUUAUUUAUAUCAUUUGGAUCGUUGCCUCUCCUGCACGACGACAGACUGUAGCUCUGUGCAGGAGCUCGUACUGUAAACCUGUGAAGCUUUGUAUCCCCUCUGGUCUGAACUCAGUGAAGUGUGAUGUUUACAUGUACAGUUUUACACAAUACUUUUCUUUUGAGUCUUAUUCCCUCCUCACCUUUAUCUGUGUACAUCCGCCCAGAUACGUUCUUUUGAUCUGGUUGUUGCAUCAAGUGCAGACGUGACCUCUGACGACCCGGUCACAUGGUCAGUGGCCUGUGACCUCUGGUCGUGGUCGGUGACCUCUCUGACGACCAUGUGACCUGUGACCUCUGGUCGUGGUCGGUGACCUCUCUGACGACCAUGUGACCUGUGACCUCUGGUCGUGGUCGGUGACCUCUCUGACGACCAUGUGACCUGUGACCUCUGGUCGUGGUCGGGUCACUGUUGUGAUGCUUCCAGCAUUUUAAUCUAAAAUUUAAAAAAAAAGGAGCUUCACCAGAAAAGAUUCAUUAAGGAUCAAGACGACUUUAAUCAGCUGUUUUAAAAUACUGUUGUGGCCUAAAGGAGGACGUGAGGUGAGGUCCAGUUAUUACUCAACAUGAAGUGCUCAUACUGUAAUAUUUUAAUAUCUGACUGGUGCCCUGAAAGCUCCACUUUGACCGGUUGUCACAUGAAAGCCAUUCCCCUCUCGCGGCCUCAAGGGGAAACAUAAACCUCAGGAAAUAUGAAUCUCCAACUUUAGUUUUUAUCUAUCCAUCAACAUUUAUAUGAGAUGUCUAUUGUUUUGUACAUUUAUCAUUGUGAUUUAAAAGUGGAGCUUUUUUCCAGUAACCUGUGACUUAAUAUUUUUGAUUUUUCUUUUUCGGAGUGUUUAUAGGUAUGGAUAUUUAUUAUUAUUAUUAUUAUUAUUAUUAUUAUUAUUAUUAUUAUUAUGUGAAACUACAAAAAGACAAAAGAAAAGGUUGAACCUGUUUCAUUUGUAUGUUUCAUGAUAAUCUGUGGAGGCGAGACUCGAACAUGUCUCUGACACUGAGGAACAUGCCUCUUCAGUGUCGCAUCAACGCUACGACAAAAAACUACAAAACAACAGAGAGACAGAGAAACGAGACAGAGUGACGCCUCUGUCUUCUCCCGAUGUCAGUCAUUGAAUAAAACUGUGCGAUGAGCUAUCAAUCAUU